AUGGCAGAGGACGACUACGAUGAGGGCAAUCAGAUCAUCACCGCCGAGGACUGUUGGUCAGUCAUCCACUCCUUCUUCGACUCCAAAGGUCUGGUGUCGCAGCAACUCGACUCUUUCGACGAAUUUGCGAGCACGACGAUGCAAGAGAUCGUAGACGAAACGCCCGCCAUCGUGAUCGACCAGAAUGUGGCUGCGGAUGACGAUGAUGGCCUAAACAUGCCUAUCGUCAAGCGACGCUACAUCAUCGAGCUCGGCGUGUUGACCAUUUCUCAGGCCGCCAUGACUGAGGGUGACGGAAGCACACGAGCCAUGUAUCCACAUGAAGCGCGACUACGGAACCUGACUUACUCUUCCCCCAUGUUCUUGAAUCUGACAAAGAGGAUGCAGCUGGCACGGGAGCGAUCAGCUGGUGGACAGAUGGGUGAAAACGGCGUAUGGAUAGAUCCUCCGAACUGGGAUGGAGUCACAGUGGAUACGAUUUGGGAGGAAGACCCAGACAAUCCUCCAGAAACAAAGGAUCAGGUCUUUAUUGGCAAGCUGCCUAUCAUGUUGAAGUCGAAGAUCUGCGCCUUGCGGAAUCGAAGCGAGCAAGAACUGUACGCGCAACAGGAAUGCCCCUUCGAUCAAGGUGGAUACUUCAUUAUCAACGGUAGUGAAAAGGUGUUGAUCGCGCAGGAGCGAAGUGCUGCCAAUAUUGUGCAGGUCUUCAAGAAGAAGGGAACACCUACACCUGUGGUUGCCGAGCUGCGAAGCGCCAUCGAAAAGGGCACGAGACUGAUCAGCUCGAUGCAAGUCAAGCUGGUAAAUCAGGCAGCCCACAGCAAUGCCACGGGCAAGACGAUCAAGGUGUCGGUGCCAUACAUCAAGGUCGACAUCCCCAUUGGUAUCGUGUUCCGUGCGCUAGGUAUCGUUUCCGAUGAAGACAUUCUCAAUCACAUUGUCGACCGAAAAGACACGCAGAUGCUGGAAAUGCUCAAGCCAUGUCUGGAAGAGGCUUUUGUGAUUCAGGACCGCGACGGCGCUCUCGACUUUAUCGGAAAGAGAGGAAAUCAACAAGGUGUGAAGGAACGCCGUAUCCGAUAUGCACGAGAAAUCAUGCAAAAGGAGUUUCUCCCUCACAUCUCGCAAGAGGAGGGCAGCGAGACUCGAAAGGCGUUCUUCUUGGGCUACAUGGUCAACAGGUUGCUUCAGUGUGCACUUGGUCGGACCUCGGAAGACGACAGAGAUCACUUCGGAAAGAAGCGACUUGACCUUGCAGGUCCGCUGAUGGCGCAAGUAUUCCGUCUCAAAUUCCAGCAGCUCGUGAAGGAGAUGAAGCAAUACCUACACCGCUGUGUGGAGACUGGACGAGAGUUCAACAUUACGCUGGCUGUCAAGACCAACAUCAUCACGUCAGGCCUUCGGUACUGUCUUGCAACAGGUAACUGGGGUGACCAGAAGAAGGCGUCCCAAUCCAAAGCAGGUGUCAGUCAGGUGCUGAAUCGCUACACAUAUGCGUCAACGCUGUCACAUUUACGGAGAACGAACACUCCCAUCGGGCGAGACGGCAAGAUUGCCAAACCGCGACAACUUCACAAUACACAUUGGGGCCUUGUGUGUCCCGCAGAGACGCCAGAAGGUCAAGCUUGUGGUCUGGUGAAGAACCUGUCGCUCAUGUGCUACGUUACUGUAGGCACACCCGGCUUCCCAUUGAUUGACUUCAUGCGACAGCGCGGGAUGGAUCUGCUCGAAGAGUAUGAUCCGGUAAUAAACCCAGGAGCAACAAAGGUCUUCCUGAACGGCACUUGGGUCGGUGUGCAUCGCAAUGCUGGCCACUUGGCUGACACAUUACGAUCACUGCGAAGAAAGGGUCUCCUCAGUUUUGAGGUCACCAUCAUUCGAGAUGUUCGUGAGCGUGAGAUCAGAGUCUUCACAGAUGCGGGUCGUGUUUGCCGUCCACUCUUCGUUGUCGACAAUCGAACAGAAGCCCCCAACAACAAAGGCAGUUUAGUCCUCGAUCAGACUCAUCUCGCAAAGCUUGCAGAGGACCAAGAUAUGCUCCAGAAUCUAGAGGGCGUGAGCGAAGAAGAGCGAGAGAAGCACAUCUUCGGCUGGAAAGGUCUCGUUGAUGGUGGUGUCGUCGAGUAUCUUGACGCUGAGGAAGAAGAGACCGCCAUGAUCAGCAUGACGCCCGAAGACCUCGAAGAGCACAAAGCUAUGCGAGCAGGUAUGCCCGAAGAAGCCAGAGACGACCCACAUCGCCGCAUCAAACAACCGCCGAACCCUUUCGUCCGCACCUGGACACACUGCGAGAUUCACCCAGCCAUGAUUCUGGGUAUCUGCGCAAGUAUCAUUCCGUUCCCCGAUCACAACCAAUCUCCACGUAACACUUAUCAAUCGGCCAUGGGUAAACAAGCUAUGGGUGUAACGCUCACCAAUUAUAAUGUACGUAUGGAUACCAUGGCCAACGUCCUGUACUACCCUCAGAAGCCCUUGGCAACUACGCGUAGUAUGGAGUUCUUGCGCUUCCGAGAUCUGCCAGCCGGGCAGAACGCCAUCGUUGCCAUUUCUUGCUAUUCUGGAUACAAUCAGGAAGAUUCCGUCAUCAUGAACCAGAGCAGUAUCGAUCGUGGUCUCUUCCGAUCGCUUUUCUUCCGAGCCUACAUGGAUCAGGAGAAGCGGGUGGGUAUGAGUGUGGUGGAGCAGUUCGAGAAGCCUGUGCGCGCCGACACGAUGAGGAUGAAGCAAGGCACGUACGACAAGCUCGACGAGGAUGGAAUCAUAAGUCCCGGAUCUCGUGUCUCUGGAGACGAUGUCAUCAUUGGAAAGACAGCACCCAUGCCACCCGACGCAGAAGAGCUGGGCCAGAGAACCAAGCUUCAUGUCAAGCGAGACGUAUCUACGCCUCUACGAUCUACGGAAAACGGUAUCGUCGAUCAAGUAUUGCUCACCACCAACACCGAAGGUCUACGGUUCGUCAAAGUCCGAACGAGAGUUACGAAAGUUCCUCAAAUUGGUGACAAGUUCGCUUCCCGUCACGGACAGAAGGGUACGAUCGGUAUCACAUACCGACAAGAGGACAUGCCUUUCACAGCCGACGGUCUGACGCCAGAUAUCAUCAUCAACCCACACGCCAUUCCGUCUCGUAUGACUAUUGCCCACUUGAUCGAAUGUCUACUCUCCAAGGUCGGCGCGCUGCAAGGGCAGGAAGGUGACGCUACACCCUUCACCGACGUCACUGUCACCUCCAUCUCGCAAAUUCUUGCCGAUCAUGGCUUCCAGCAACGAGGCUUCGAAGUCAUGUACAACGGCCACACGGGCAAGAAGCUCAACGCACAAGUCUUCCUCGGACCAACAUACUAUCAACGUCUCCGCCACAUGGUCGACGACAAAAUCCACGCUCGUGCCCGUGGACCACUCCAAAUCCUCACUCGCCAACCAGUCGAAGGUCGUGCUAGAGACGGUGGUCUCCGUUUCGGAGAGAUGGAACGUGACUGUAUGAUAGCUCACGGCGCUUCUGCAUUCUUGAAGGAGCGACUCCUCGAUGUCUCCGAUGCAUUCCGCGUGCAUAUUUGCGAGAUUUGUGGUCUAAUGACGCCCAUCGCUUCGAUCAAGAAACAGCAGUUUGAGUGCAGACCUUGCAGGAAUAAGACCAAGAUCGCGCAGGUCAUUAUCCCUUAUGCUGCCAAGCUUCUUUUCCAGGAACUUGCGGCUAUGAAUGUUGCUACGAGGAUGUUUACCGAUCGGAGUGGCAUUUCGAUUCGGUAG